GGAUUUCGGAGCCAGGACUCAGCCCUCCUCGGAGAUUUUUUCCUGCGCGCGCCCGGACGCCCCCUCCGCGAUGACUGUGAGUGCUCCAGGGACUGACCCCCAACUCCUGUCCACCAUCUCUGGGGCCAGCUCCGUGGAGCAGCUGCGGAAGGAUGGCAACGAGCUGUUCAAAUGCGGGGACUACGAGGGCGCCCUGGCGGCCUACACUCAGGCUCUGGGACUGGGAGCCACGGCCGAGGACCAGGCCAUCCUGCACCGGAACCUGGCCGCCUGCCACCUCAAGCGGGAAGAUUACAACAAAGCAGAAGCUGAAGCGUCCAAAGCCAUUGAAAAGGACGGUGGGGACGUCAAAGCACUUUACCGGCGGAGCCAAGCCCUGGAGAAGCUGGGCCGCCUCGACCAGGCUGUCCUUGACCUGCAGAGAUGUGUGAGCCUGGAGCCCAAGAACAAAGUGUUCCAGGAGGCCCUGCGCAGCAUCGGGGGCCAGAUUCAGGAGAAGGUACGAUACAUGUCUUCGACGGAUGCCAAGGUGGAACAGAUGUUCCAGAUCCUGUUGGACCCACAGGAGAAAGGCACUGAGAAGAAGCAGAAGGCUUCUCAGAACCUGGUGGUGCUGGCCCGGGAGGAGGCUGGGGCUGAGAAGAUCUUCCGGAACAAUGGGGUCCAGCUCUUGCAGCGCCUGCUGGACACAGGCGAGACCGACCUGAUGCUGGCGGCGCUGCGCACGCUGGUCGGCAUCUGCUCUGAGCACCAGUCCCGGACAGUGGCAGCCCUGAGUGUGCUGGGAACUCGGAGACUGGUCUCCGUCCUGGGCGUGGAAAACCAGGCCGUGUCGCUGGCUGCCUGUCACCUGCUGCAGGUGAUGUUCGAUGCCCUCAAGGAAGGUGUCAAGAAAGGCUUCCGAGGCAAAGAAGGAGCACUCGUCGUGGAUCCCGCCCGGGAGCUGAAGGUCCUCAUCAGUAACCUCUUGGAGCUGCUGACCGAGGUGGGGGUCUCGGGCCAAGGCCGAGACAACGCCCUGACUCUCUUGAUUAAAGUGGUGCCCCGGAAGUCUUUGAAGGACCCCAACAACAGCCUCACCCUCUGGGUCAUUGAUCAAGGUUUGAAAAAGAUCCUGGAGGUGGGGGGCUCCCUGCAGGAGCCUCCCGGGGAGCUCACAGUGACAGCAAAUAGCCGCAUGAGCGCCUCCACCCUCCUCAGCAAGCUCUUCGAUGACCUCAAGUGUGACGCCGAGAGGGAGAACUUCCACCGCCUCUGCGAAAACCACAUCAGGAGCUGGUUUGAGGGCCACGGCCUGACCGGGAAGCUGCGGGCCAUCCAGACGGUGUCCUGCCUCCUGCAGGGCCCGUGUGACGCCGGCAACCGGGCCCUGGAGCUGAGCGGCGUCAUGGAGAGCGUGAUCGCCCUGUGUGCCUCCGAGCGGGAGGAGGAGCAGCUGGUGGCCGUGGAGGCGCUGAUCCACGCGGCCGGCAAGGCCAAGCGGGCCUCCUUCAUCACAGCCAAUGGUGUGUCGCUGCUGAAGGACUUGUACAAGCGCAGCGAGAAGGACAGCAUCCGCAUCCGGGCGCUGGUGGGACUCUGCAAGCUCGGCUCAGCCGGAGGGACCGACUUCAGUAUGAAGCAGUUUGCUGAGGGUUCGACUCUCAAACUGGCCAAGCAGUGUCGGAAGUGGCUGUGCAAUGACCAGAUCGAUGCGGGCACUCGGCGCUGGGCAGUGGAGGGCCUGGCCUAUCUCACCUUUGAUGCCGACGUGAAGGAGGAGUUCGUGGAGGAUGAGGCCGCCCUGAAGGCUCUGUUCCAGCUCAGCCAGGUAUCUCCACGGUCCGAGGAGAGGUCGGUGCUCUUUGCGGUGGCCUCAGCGCUGGUGAACUGCACCAACAGCUACGACUAUGAGGAGCCCGACCCCAAGAUGGUGGAGCUGGCCAAGUACGCCAAGCAGCACGUGCCCGAGCAGCACCCCAAGGACAAACCGAGUUUCGUGCGGGCGCGGGUAAAGAAACUGCUGGCAGCGGGCGUGGUGUCAGCCAUGACCUGCAUGGUGAAGACCGAGAGCCCCGUGCUGACAAGUUCCUGCAGAGAGCUGCUGUCCAGGGUCUUCCUGGCUUUGGUGGAAGAGGUGGAGGACCGCGGCACUGUGGUCGCUCAGGGAGGCGGCAAGGCCCUGCUCCCGCUGGCCCUGGAAGGCACUGACGUGGGGCAGACAAAGGCGGCCCAGGCCCUCGCCAAGCUCACCAUCACCUCCAACCCAGAGAUGACGUUUCCUGGAGAGCGGAUCUAUGAGGUGGUCCGGCCCCUCGUCUCCCUCUUGCAUCUCAACUGCUCCGGCCUGCAGAACUUCGAGGCGCUCAUGGCUCUCACGAACCUGGCAGGCAUCAGUGAGAGACUCCGGCAGAAGAUCCUGAAGGAGAAGGCCGUGCCCAUGAUCGAGGGCUACAUGUUUGAGGACCACGAGAUGAUCCGCCGGGCAGCCACGGAGUGCAUGUGCAACCUGGCCAUGAGCAAGGAGGUGCAGGACCUCUUUGAAGCCGAGGGCAAUGACCGGCUGAAGCUGCUGGUGCUGUACAGCGGGGAGGACGACGAGCUGCUGCGGCGGGCGGCCGCCGGGGGCCUGGCCAUGCUCACCUCCAUGCGGCCCUCUCUGUGCCACCGCCUCCCCCACGUGACCACGCACUGGCUAGAGAUCCUGCAGGCUCUGCUGCUCAGCCCCAACCAGGAGCUGCAGCACCGGGGCACCGUGGUGGUGCUGAACAUGGUGGAGGCCUCGCGGGAGACCGCCAGCGCCCUGAUGGAGAGCGAGGUGCUGGAGAUCCUGUCGGUGCUGGCCAAGGGCGAGGAGGGCCCUGUCAGGAGGGCGGCGGCCGCCUGCCUGGGGAAAGCGGUGGAAUACGGGCUCAUCAAGCCCAACCGGGACGGAGAGUGAGGGGCUGUCGCACGCACGCGGCGCGUCGCAGCUCGGGAUGAGGAGCGCGGGCUGGGCUGUCAGGGGUGGGGCUGCCGCGCUGGCCUGGCCUCCGCUGCUGCCCUUUGAUGUCCUGUGUCCCGAGCCGGGGGUCACGCUCACCACAGGCCUGCUCCGCCAGCGCUGCCUGCAGCCGCACGCUCCAGGGCUCUGCCCGCGCCACUGCAGACGGCGGGGAGUGGGGGGCGCCCCUCACGCAGCCCAGGCGGGGAAGGGCACGUCCAGCAGCCGCACCAGCAGCGAGCGUCACCCGAGCCUGCUAGCG